AUGGAUACUCCUCACCCACGACUGCGAAAGUCAACCAAAAUUGGCCCAGAGGACAUGGCUCAGAAUUUAUCUGAGAAUAAAGCAUUGAGACGUGGGCAAGAGGACCAAGAUCAAACUGGAGAACAAGCAAAGCCUGCGGAGAUGUGCACUGCAAACGACUCUCACUUCAAACACCCUGGGCUCCUAGGCAACUCUGUUUUACGUGUUUUCAAAAGUACCCUAGGAUGCAGUUACACAAAUUUGCUUCUCCCGUUUGUAUUUUUGGGGAUGACGGCAGGGAGUCAAGGAUGGGAUGAUUCUAUCGCUUUUGUUUUCAAUUUCCUGGCUAUCCUUCCUCUCGCCGCAUUACUGUCCUUCGCCACAGAGGAAUUGGCUAAGAGUGUGGGACAAACGGUCGGGGGUUUGAUCAAUGCAACAUUUGGAAACGCGGUUGAGAUGAUCGUGGGAAUUACGGCUGUUCGGCAGGGACAAAUUAAUAUUGUCCAAUCUAGUAUGGUUGGAAGUAUCCUUUCAGGAAACCUUCUGAUCCUAGGUGUGUCAUUGUUCUGUGGCGGCUAUGCAAAAGAUGCCGUGACAUUCAAUGUCGACGUCAGUGGUAUCCUGUCUUCCUUGAUGGUUGUUUCUUCGGCAACACUCAUUAUUCCAUCUGUACUUUAUUCAACCAUAUCGUCCAAGUCCCACGACGUGGAAGCUAGCGUGUUGAGUCUCUCUCGUGCCGCCUCCGUGGUGCUACUUAUUUUCUACCUGGUCUAUCUCUAUUUCCAACUGAAAAGCCACUCCGAGCUUUUCGUUGAUGACGAGUCAGAGGAGGCGGAAGAUCAAGUCUUAGGACCUUGGCCGGCUAGCAUUAUCUUGAUCCUUGCAACACUGGGCGUGACUGUAUGCUCUGAUCGUUUGGUCGACAGCGUGGAUGGCUUCGUGGACAAGUGGCAUGUGAGCCGCGCUUUUAUUGGCCUGAUCGUGGUUCCCAUCGUUGGAAAUGCAGGAGAAUUCAACACGGUGAUCAAUUCUUCGAUCAAGGGGAACAUGGACCUUGCGAUUGGCGUGGUUGUGGGCAGCACUUUACAGAUCGCACUGUUCGUCAGUCCGUUCCUAGUCAUGUGUGGCUUGGUGAUCGGACAACCGAUGUCUCUACGAUAUAGUCCUUUUGAGACUGUGGUCUUUUUUCUAUCAGUGAUAGUGAUGGACUGUUUGAUUCGCGGGGGUCGGUCAAAUUAUUACGAAGGGUCUUUACUGGUUGGAACAUAUUUGAUCAUCGCAAUCGCGUUUUUUGUUCAUCCGGAUGCAGUAGAUGCUCCCCUGGUCUGA